AUGGAGGACGUUCAUGAGGUACCGCGGAAGCGCAUCGCCACCGGUCACCUGGCGCAGCACAUCGGGAAGCCCGUCUGCUUCGUGGGCCGCGUCGAGAAGAUUCAUCCCACUGGGAAGUUUCUCGUACUUUCGGAUGGAGAAGGAAAGCAUACGACUGUGGAGCUGAGCGAACCUCUAGAUGAAGAGAUUUCAGGAGUUCUUGAAGUAGUGGGAAGAGUAACAAAUCAGGCAACCAUCAUGUGCAUGUCGUAUGUCCAGUUCAGAGAAGAUAAAAGUCCAUUUGAUCUGGAACUCUACAAUGAAGCACUAAAAAUUAUUCAUGAAUUCCCUGAAUACUUCCCGUUCGGCACUGGGAGGAACAAUUAA